CCCCCGCAUUGGAGGCGCAGAGUCUCAACCUCUAGACUGCCAGGGAAGUCCCCUGGAAUUGGGCUCUUGAAGGUGCCUCAGAGUGGCCUCCAGAGAAAAGGGGAGGGUGACGAUGGUGCCACAUUUACUGCUGGGGUCCCCCCUGCGAGGGCCAUGGGCAGGGGGCUGAGCCUGGAGAUCUGGGCAGUGGGAUAUGAGGCGGCCCUCUAGGACCCCUCGCUUUUCUAACUCGGAGGUGAGAGGCUGGGAGAAAUGAGGAGAAAGGGCCUGGCAGGAGGGGGAGGCCUGCAGACCUGGGGACACCCAAGGCCUCCUGUGAGGUGUAACCCGACCCCUCUGAGUUGUGGGACGCGGGCAUCUGAGGUCCUAACCCUGGCCUGUUCCUCCACCUCUCAGGGCCCCGUCCCAGCCCCUUCACAUAAGGCUCCGAGGCUGGGCCUCAGGUCAGGCCCGUGGCCAUGGCCUUCACAGACCCGCUGGACACCCUGGGUGGCGUGGGUGGCUUCCAGCUGGUCUACACGGCCCUGCUGCUGCCCUGCAGCCUGCUGGCCGUCCACAUGAACUUCAUGGCCGCCAUGCCCCGCCACUACUGCCAAAGGCCCGCCAACCACACUGCGGCCACUGUCAAUGGCUCGGGGGCCUGGCUGAGGGCCACCGUACCCCUGGACCUGCUUGGGGCCCCCCAACCAUGCUGGCACUUCAUGCAGCCUCAGUGGGCCCUCCUGGGCCACAACACCUCCAUCCACAGGGCGGCCACCAAGGGCCGCAAGGACGACUCAGUCUAGGACCACAGUGUUUUCCCGCCCACCAUGGUGAUGGAGGCUAGAGCGUCCCUCCCUUCCCCGCGGUGGGAUCUGGUGUGUGAGGCCCGCGCCCUCUGAGACCUGGCUCAGUCCGUCUCCAUGACCGGGGUGCUGGUGGGCGCCACGGAAAAAGCUCUCCUGUCCUCCCUGUGUCCGGGCUGCAUCCCACUGUGCAGAUGA